GCACGGAGUAGAAGGCCAGGGUCAAGGCUGUCAGCAGUGGCGCUGUGCAUCCUCCGGGCUCUUGCCGUGCCAGUCUGCUUCGCCGGCCGCCGCUGAUCCGCCGCAGCUCCGCCAGGCUCUCCACGUCUCUCAUCCUUCGCAGCCAUGAACAAGUGGCUCCUGCUGCUGCUGGUCGCAGAGGUGGCGGUCGUGCGGUGGGCCGACACGGACCGCUCCUCGAAUGCCCGGAUGUUGCGGCUCAUGGCGCAGGAGGCGGCCAAGAAGAUCGAAAAGAGGGAGGCCGCCACACCGCCCCCGCAUCACCACGUUCGAAUGAGGGGCGGUUCGUACCAAGGCAGGCACCCAGCGGGCUGUCCGGGAGCGCAGAUGCGUCACGUGACCAGCAGAGGAUCGACGGCCAGGUCACGUAGGAGGGCUCGUGCGGCCAGGCUCUUCGAGGAGACCACCCGGCUGCUCAUACCGAGAGUCGCCGGUGGCCUGAACGGUCUGCAGUCGCUGCAGCCACUGGUAGGCGGCGACACCCUGUUGCUGGCCGCUCAGAGAGACUGCAACGCGGACUUGGUCCGAGUGUGUGACCCGGCCACGCCGUACCGUCGUUCGGACGGCGCCUGCAACAACCUGGCUAAUCCGCGCUGGGGCAUGGCUGGAACGUGCAUGACGCGACUGCUGACGCCCGCCUACAACGACGGAGUGAGCAGCCCUCGGCUGGCCAAGAGCGGCCAGGAACUGCCCAACGCGCGGCUCAUCUCGUCCCUGGUGCACCCUGACCGGCGACUGCCCAGCCCACACUUCUCGCACAUGCUCAUGCAGCUGGGACAGUUCAUCGACCACGACUUGGCGCUGGCGCCGCUCGAGGCGGACCCCGGAGAGAUCAGGAACCUGGGAAAUCCGAACAACCCGAUCGACUGCUGCAGCCCCGACCGCUGGGUGCUUCCCGAGUGUUACUCCAUCGCUGUGCCAGAGGGCGACACCUUCUUCGGUCCACUAGGACAGACCUGCCUCAACCUGCCCCGCUCGGCGCCCUGCUCCUGCCAGCUGGGUCCUCGUGAACAGCAGGAUUCGCUGACGUCAUACCUGGACGGAUCGCACAUCUACGGAAGCAGCGAAGAGGACACCAACCGGCUCCGACAGUUUCAAUCCGGUCUCCUACGGGCGCAGUCGCUGGAAGGCGAAGAGCUUCUGCCGCAGAGCUUCUUCCCAAUAGAAGACCGGUGCAGCAACUUGGAGACCGGCGAGAUCUGCUUCCGAGGCGGUGACGAGCGCGUGAACGAGCAUCCGGCGCUGACGAGCAUGCACACGGUGUGGCUCCGGCACCACAACCGUGUCGCCCGCCGCCUGCAGCAGCUCAACACUCACUGGGACGACGAUAGGCUCUUCCACGAGACACGGCGCAUCUUGAAUGCCCAGUGGCAGCACAUCGUGUACGCCGAGUGGCUGCCGCCCAUCCUGGGACCAGAGGCGAUGGUGCGUUACCAGUUGGUGCCCACGGGCCGCAGUCGCUACGCGCCUGACGUGGACGCCACCAUACUCAACGAGUUCGCCGCCGCAGCCUUCCGCCUGGGACACACGCUCAUCGACGGCGUCUUCCAGAGGAUUGACAUCGAUGGCCAGCGUAGUCCAUUUGAGUUGCAGGACUUCUACUUUUUCCCCUUCUACUUGUACCACGGAGACAUGGACAACAUCAUCCGGGGCCUGCUUCGGCAUCCGGGGCAACACUACGACAGCUUCAUCACCGAGGGCGUCACCCACCACCUGUACCGGCUCCGCAACGACUCGUACGGGCUGGACCUGGUCGCGCUGAACCUGCAGCGCGGUCGCGAGCACGGUCUGCGGCCGUACGUGGACUACCUGCAGUACUGCACGGGCUACCAGGCCACCACUUUCGAGGACCUGCUCCAGUACACGCCCGCGCACAUCGUGCAGCUGUACAGCACACUAUACGAUGACGUGACGGACAUCGACCUCUUCACGGGUGGCAUCACGGAGAGCAGCGUCCAGGGCGGCCUGGUCGGUCCCACGUUCGCCUGCAUACUGGGACAGCAGUUCCGUCGGCUCAAGUUUGGCGAUCGAUUCUACUACGAGCACGAGGGACAGGCCGGAUCCUUCGCACCAGAGCAACUUCAGGAGAUCCGAAAGACGACGCUGGCACACAUACUCUGCGACAACUGCUACUCCCUGACCACGGUCCAGACCAGGACUAUGUUCCGUCCCGACCUGACAGACAACCCGGAGGUGCCCUGUGAGAGCAUACCUCGACCGGACCUGUCUUACUGGCAAUACCCCUGAUGUCCACCACCACAUCCGCGACGCACAAAAGAAACCCGUCUAGUCAUCCGGGCCAUCGGUGUUUCGCGCGGCGGCCACUUCCGGUCAUGCCGGCCCCGCGGUUGCUGCGUAGCAGAGUCAAUGCCACCUCGUGAUUGAAACCCAGUGCGCCUGUUGGAGGAUCGAGUUGGCGUUGCUACCCGACAGCCACGAAAUGUCGGCACUCUUGAAAGUGCUGCGCCAUAUAGUUCUUGCAUUGUGCCAUACCGAGUAACCAACAGUAUCACUCCGAUGUGCGAUUGACUUUGACGUGCAUUCGAACAGGGUGUGUUCUUAGGAUGUAGGAAGGUUAGCCAUACACAAAUCUCCACGUAGAGAUACUGAAAGAAAUGUAGAAAAAAGUAGUAUCCUUUUAUUAGUACGAGUUUGAAAACUUCAUUAGCUAAUGCAAACUGGACGUGUAUUUUUAAGUACAGUUUAAAGAACAGCGUAAUUUCAUUUAAUGCACCUGUUGAGGCCUCUACCCGAUCCAGUUUCCAAUCUGAGGGAUGCCAUAGGUGUACACGGAGGGCACACCCUUUUGUCCAAGUUCGAGUGACAUAAGAGACCACUCACACGCAAUAUGGAUGACCGGUAUCUGAAGUGCCAAGAAUGGCCGUAAGUGUGGCAUCUACGCUAUAACGUCUCAACUGUGUAUAAUUCAGUACCAAAUGAAAUAGUGUUAGAACAGAAGGCGGACGCAACACAGAUUUAGUUUGAUCUUGUUUAAAUGCGUUUAGAAUCCUUGCACAUCAUCAUACAUCUUUAUCUAACGUAAAUGAAAAGUAAAUCCUCUACAGUAACUUCGGUGCUGAGCUAUAUAACCCACGUCAUGUGAGUUCGGACAUCUGGGUGGGGACCUCUCCGGCUUCUUAAGUUGUAUCCGACUAUAAGUAAAAUAACCUGCAGGUUUCUAAAAGGGAGGCCUCUAGCAUUUACAAGCAUAAUUGUUUCGAAAAGACCGGAAAGUUGUGCCAACCCUCGCAAAGCAGCGUGACCGCUGGAAGUUCAUUCAGGGAAAAAUGGGAUGAUACGCGCUACGAUGCAGAAUUCAUCUCAAAUGCUGCUUUCCUUUUUCUUUCUCUUUGUCGUCGAUGCACCGCUAAUACCGAUCGCGUGGUGGCUGGAGAUGGUGAUAUGGGCAACACGCGACAGAUGCCCAAGCAAAAUAGAAGCGCCUCGGGAGUUAUCAGCUGAUGCCCUUAGCGCGCUACUUUUAAACAGCAGAGUAAUAUGGUUAACUAAGACCACAAUCCAGGAGCGAAUGUUUUUACAAGAAAAAAAAUUCAGUACAAUGCAUUGAAGUGAGUCCCGCGAUAACACCAUACAUUAGACAAAAUGCAUUCUUGUAAUCUAAACAAGAUCAAUACAAACCACAAGUGUACCAUACUGUGCACAAAAAGUUCAAAUGCAUUUUAUGCCCUGCGUAGUCUUUUUAGAUCAACUCCUUACUAACACUGUUACAUCAGUAUUUUCGCUUUUUUCAUCCAGCCAUAAAUAAUGGCUCCAAGAAUUUAACAAUGCUGCACACAACAAUACUAUUUCACAGUCAUCUGUUUCAUCUACCAUAUGUUCUAGAAGUAUAGAACGACCUCGCUAUUUACUGCUUCAUCAUUAAAACACCACGAACCUAACACGAAAUUUAACACAUGCUUCCAACUCCUAUUAGAUAGAUCAAAACACAGAGGAUCAUAUUCCGCAAGCGGAGAAGCUAUUACAUCUUAGAAUAAUGCUCAAGUAAAUAUAGCUGACGCAGCUAAGGCACGUCGUUUCACGCACACGUGUAGCGGCAAUGAAGACAUCCUUGUUCUAGCAACACUAGCCUGUGCGGCAAGCCACUUCCGGUGCAGAGUUCAUCUGGCAACAUUAAUGAUGCUUAACUCAUGAGCAGCUUCUAUAGACACUAGUGCAUGGCACGGAAUUUAACCACACCGAGUGAGCUCUGCUUCAAAAGAAAGACACUUCAAAAGAAAGACAGAACAUAACACGCGAGCACUGUUACCUCGCACAUUACACAUCGCGAUUAGUCAUUAACGCAAAUACAUUACUGUUACAGCCAAACAAACUCAAUACACUCAGAUAUGGACACAGCGAGCACGUAUAUAACAAAUUACUGGAUACAACGAAAGAAAUCUAAAGUGCUUCUGGGAAGUAUCGGCACUUAUCGAAGAGUUGCUCAGAAGGAAUAUCAAAUAUAUGUAGAAUGUUUGAUUCGAGUUUGAGCAAAUGUCAGCUGAAUAAACCUACUUCCAGGAGCCUUUCUUCAACACACAACGGAAGACGUUUACCUCUGUCGUCUUCGUAUUAUCCGAAUAUUAUGCCGUGGAAAACAAACCUGAAGCAAGCUAAUAUUCACGUCUCCUGCCACACUCAUCCAUAGAAGUCUCACAGGGUUUUUCCUGAGGUCUAAAGUGCUAAUUGCCGUCCAGGACAGAAUGAUGUCAGCAGAUACACGACUAAGGUAGUUUCUGCUCAUAUAGAAAUAAAAAAAAAAAGAAUUUAUUUAUUGCUCAUGUGCGGUUUAGGAGACACCGCGAAAUAAAUAUAUGAAUGCUGCUUUGUGUAUGCUUUAGACCAUGCUAUGAGUGUAGUUUUUGCCUUACAAGUAAAGCAGUACAUCUCUAUAUGUGUAUGUGAAUGAAGGUGUUGUCCGUGACGGUUUAGUGAUGCCAGGCACUUAAUGGCUCCCGAAAAUGAGCCAGGAAUGACUGACCGUAUGUGAAAAAAAAAUAGCAGUGCAUGUACUCAUUCAAAUAUGAUCAUCAAAUGCUGAAUAAAUCAACUUUUUAAAAAUAUCAUUGUCCGUUGUUGACGUUCCUGUUGCUGCUGUCUCUUAAUCGAAUAGCGUUAGCAGCAAGGGGAGUGUGUAAAUUGAUAAGCGAGACAAGGCCAAAGCCGAGAUGGCACGAGCAUUCCCGCGGUGGCGCCACCUGACGACAAGGAAACGCGGGGCCAGGAGGAUACGACUCCUUUUCUCUUGGGUUGGACUUUGGAGCGGGUCGCGCGCGAUGAGGAGCUCCGCUGAGACAUUCCCGCGGACACCUUCCAGUUUUUCCGAAAGCGCCUGCGUUGGUGAGGCCUGACCCGCGAAAGACAUAGGAAUUAUAGUAGACUUUAGCGCAAAAA